AUGUCGGGUUUUACAUGUCCCCCAGAUGCUGGCAGCUGUGUGGUUCGCCAGUCCAAUGCAAGUGCCUUCUGCCGGCAGUGCAAGAGCUUCUGUACGACGUGUACAACUCACACAGCUCCCCCACCAAGAACCGUGGCUUCUCCUCCUCCAUCGCCGCCGCCCCUACCACCCACUAGACUCAGCAGCCCUCCAACCCCAUCCUCCUCGCCCCCCUCGUCGCCCUCCCCCCCUGACGCCUCCUCCCCCUCCGGCCUGUCCGUGGGAGCUAUCAUCGCCAUUGUGGCAGCAACCGUCCUGAUGCUGCUGCUCGUGCUCGCCUCUGCUUGGUGGUUUGCCGCACGCACCAGAGCCUCCAACAGAGCCGCACUCUCUGGCUUGCAGAACGCACCCACGCCGUGCCGGCAGUACUCGCUGGCUGUGGUGGCUCGUUCAACCAACAACUGGUCCAAGGAGUGCCUGCUUGGGUCGGGCGCGUAUGGAGACGUGUACCGCGGGGUGGCUCAAAUGGCCACGAAGCACCACCCCAAUCUGGUGCGGCUGCUGGGGUUUGCAGUGGGUGGUGAUGUGAACACGCGGGUGGAAAAUGUCCUCAUUUAUGAGUUCGUUGCCAAUGGCGACCUCCAGCAAUGGAUUGGGCAAGAUGCGCCCACAAGUCUGACUCUACUGCAGCGGGUGAACAUCUUACUAGGGGUGGCACGUGGGUUAGAGUAUCUCCACAGCUUUGGCAUCGUGCACCGGGACAUCAAGCCAGCCAACAUCCUCAUUGAUGCUCACAUGCAGGCCAAGGUGGCUGACUUUGGACUGGUGCGUGAGGGGGACAGCACUCCAAUGGGCUAUACACGAGUGCUGGGAACGGUGGGGUGUGAUGCUGACGUGUACACGUGUGAUGCUGUUGUGUGCAGGUAUGAUGAUGUUGUGGAUGGGUGGGAUGAUGGUUGA